GCACGGGCUGCGCGCGCACCUGCCUCCCCGCGGGACCUGCAGAUGCCACAAGGGCUCUCUCUCUGUCCUUCCUGAAGGCCACACAAGUUCAGCCCGGCUGUCCUUCCGUCUCCCGACCCCGACCCCCGACCCCACUUCCCUGUCUCUGCUUUUUCUCUGUCCCCCAGCGUCGCCACGUCUCGCGGGGAGAAGAGGGCAAAUUUUUUGAGUUGUCGCUUCUCCUUUAAGAAAAAAAGCCCAGGCGGCAGCCGGAGGAAAAGUCUCCGCAAAAAUGGCGGCGGCAGAGGCGAGGCGGGGUCGAGGGAGUCACGAGGACCCGCCUUGGCGCAGGCGUACGGCCACGCUCAGCCGAGAGCAUCCUGGGAGAUGAAGUCCUGUUUAUCAAGACGCUAAAACUAUGUAGGAAGGCCGGGGCCGAGAGGAUGCCGGGAGAUUAGCUGCUGGCGACGGGAAAGAUGCCUUGUUGGAGGAACUGGAACGCUCCACCCUGCAGGAUAGCGAUGAAUAUUCCAGUUCUACUUCUCUUCCCCUGGAUCAGCCUUCCAGAAAGGAGGAUAACCAAACAGAAACUUCAUCAACACCUGCCGCCGAGGACAGCACCAGGCCCUUGCUGGCGCAGCUCGUGUAUAUCACCAAUAUGCAGGACCGCAAUGUCUACAGUGAGGUCCAGGAGCCGAAGAAGUCACCACCACCUGCUAAAACCUCAGCAGCUGCCCAGCUGGAUGAGCUCAUGGCCCACCUGAGUGAAAUGCAGGCCAAGGUGUCAGUGAAAGCAGAUGCUGGCAAGAGACCUGCAGCCGACAAGCAGGAACACAAGCAGGAGCACAACACUUCCUUGGACUCAAUGCUUGGGGGUUUGGAGCAGGAACUGCAGGACCUUGGGAUCCCAACAGUGCCCAAGGGCCAUUGCGCUUCCUGCCAGAAACCCAUUGCUGGAAAGGUGAUCCAUGCCCUGGGCCAGUCCUGGCACCCGGAGCACUUCAUCUGCUCUCACUGCAAGGAGGAGAUCGGCUGCAAUCCCUUCUUUGAGCGGAACGGCCUGCCCUACUGCCCCAAGGACUACCACCACCUUUUCUCUCCACGCUGUGCCUACUGCGCAGCUCCCAUCCUGGAUAAAGUGCUGACAGCGAUGAACCAGACCUGGCACCCGGAGCACUUCUUCUGCGCUCACUGUGGAGAGGUGUUUGGUACAGAAGGCUUUCACGAGAAAGACAAGAAGCCAUAUUGCCGAAAGGAUUUCUUAGCCAUGUUCUCUCCCAAGUGUGGUGGUUGCAACCGCCCAGUGUUGGAGAACUACCUUUCAGCCAUGGACACCGUCUGGCAUCCUGAGUGCUUUGUGUGUGGGGACUGCUUCAGCGGUUUUUCUACUGGUUCCUUCUAUGAACUGGAUGGACGUCCGUUCUGUGAGCUGCAUUACCACCAGCGCCGAGGAACCCUCUGCCGUGGAUGUGGGCAGCCUAUCACUGGCCGCUGCAUCAGCGCCAUGGGGCACAAGUUCCACCCUGAGCACUUUGUAUGCGCAUUCUGCCUGACACAGCUGUCGAAGGGCAUCUUCAGGGAGCAGAAUGACAAGACCUACUGUCAGUCUUGCUUCACCAAGCUCUUCUCUCUGUAAUCUCAGCUGACCCACAGCCUCUUCAGGUCCCCGUUACAACUGAAAGGUAGUGACCUGUGGCUUCAUGUGUUUACAGAUUGAAGGCAGUGAGCAAAUAAGGGAACUUGCAGUUGUUAUAUGUACAGGCGUAUAGUCUUUAUUUUUAAUACUUAGGUUUAGAUCUGGGUCCUGGUAACAGUCCCCAUAAGACGGUUUUUUUUUUCACAUACACAGUUUCUUUCACUGCUGGUUUUCUUAGAUUUCUCCUUUUCCACUACGGCUGAUGUCCCUGCUCCUAACUGUCCUCUCCCAUGCUUCCUGCAUUUCCCUGUGGCACGCUAUUCCACGUUCACUGCCACGAUUUUAUCCUUACUCUCAGGAACAUAAAACCGUUCUCAAGCACCCUGUUUCUCCCUCCAGUGCAUUUCUCAUUUUCAAGAGGAAGUAACCUUUAAAUAAAAUAAAUAAAUAAAUUAGCUGUGGUUUUAAUGACUCAUUGUCAUACUUGUUUGGUAGAUAAACUUGCCUUUUUGCUUGUUAUAUACUAUGCACUUUGAAUUAAAUUUGUACUCUUGUGUUUUCCUCCGUAUAAUGGGGAUUUAAAAAUACUAGCAGUAAUUAAAAGCAAGGGCUCUUUACUUUAGACCCAUAAUCAUCACAUAUGUUUGGAUGUAGAUGAUUGGAUCCUAUUAAAAAAACAAAACUUUAUAAAAUUGUUUUCUUCACAUUGAUUACAUAAGGAGAGCAUCUGACUCUCCGUUGGGUUAGAAGUUCAAACACCCAUCUCCCUCUACUUCACAAACACAAGUCUGAACACAAAUUAAAGCCUGUUCUCAGAGUUUCUUUAAGAAGUGGUGCUGUAAGGGAUUUUGUCAUUCUGAGGGCUGGGUUAGGGAAGGCACGGCCCAAAGAAAAACUCUGCAAGUGCCUUCCUCAUGUCUUCACAGUUUGUUACUAACACUGCGUGAGGAGUCAUCCUUCCUUAGAGACGAUACUGAUAAAACCUGUGCUUUUCUAUUAUUGAAAAUAAU